UUUCUUUGCUGGCUGGCUGGUAGCUAGACGCGAACCAAGUCUUGUUAAUUCCUUAAUCCCCCCGCCGCCAAUGGAGACGCCGCUGCUCACCCACUCCGGCGCCGGCGACGACGGCGGCGACUACGCGCCGGUCAAGUCCCUGCCGGCGCUCCGGUCGGUGUUCCGCACCGAGACCGUGAAGCUGUGGAGGAUCGCCGGGCCGAUCGCGUUCAACACGGUGUGCCAGUACGGGCUCAACUCCGUCACCAACAUGUUCGUCGGACACAUCGGCGGGCUGGAGCUCUCCGCCGUCGCCAUUGCACUCUCCGUCAUCAGCAACUUCUCCUUCGGAUUCUUGCUAGGAAUGGGGAGUGCACUGGAAACCCUCUGCGGCCAAGCUUUUGGAGCAGGACAGGUCCACAUGCUAGGAAUCUACAUGCAAAGAUCAUGGAUCAUCCUCUUGGUCUCCUGCCUCUUCCUCCUCCCUCUCUACAUCUUCGCCACUCCAAUCCUCAAGCUACUAGGCCAGGAAGAACAGAUAGCCAAUCUAGCAGGACAAUUCACAUUGCUCAUAAUCCCACAGCUCUUCUCCCUGGGAGUGACAUUCCCAACCCAGAAGUUCCUCCAGGCGCAGAGCAAGGUCACUGCUCUGGCCUGGAUCUCGCUCGCUGCGCUGAUCGUGCAGAUCCCUCUGCUCUGGCUCUUCAUCUUCUGGUUCGAUUGGGGCACGACCGGUGCAGCUCUGGCCUAUGAUGUGACAAGCUGGGGUGUGGCUAUAGCUCAGGUGGUUUAUGUGAUCGGUUGGUGCAAGGAAGGGUGGACCGGGCUGUCGUGGCUCGCGUUUAGGGACAUUUGGGGGUUCGUCAGGCUGUCGUUGGCGUCGGCUGUGAUGCUUGCUCUUGAGAUUUGGUACUUCAUGAGUGUCAUUGUGAUUACGGGGCAUCUUGAUAAUGCUGUCACGGCGGUUGGUUCGCUUUCGAUAUGUAUGAAUUUCAAUGGAUGGGAAGCUAUGGUGUUCAUUGGUAUCAACAUAGCUAUAAGCGUUCGAGUAUCGAAUGAGCUAGGAGCAGGGCAUCCUAGAGCAGCGAAAUACGCGGUUUACAUCGUCGUGUUUCAGUCGUUCCUAAUCGGGCUGUUGUGCAUGGUGGCGGUGCUGAUAUCGAAGGAUUACUUCUCGAUAAUCUUCACCAACGACAAAGACCUGCAGGUAGCUGUGUCUAAGCUGGCGUUCUUGCUUGGUAUCACCAUGGUUCUCAACAGUGUUCAGCCAGUCAUUUCAGGUGUGGCUAUUGGUGCUGGGUGGCAAGGGCUGGUGGCUUACAUCAACAUAUUCUGUUACUAUGUAUUCGGGCUGCCACUAGGGUUUCUUCUCGGCUACAAAUUUAACUUGGGUGUUACGGGGAUUUGGGGUGGAAUGAUUGCAGGGACGGCAUUGCAGACUCUGAUACUCUUGAUCAUCCUCUACAAAACCAACUGGAACAAAGAGGUGGAGCAAACGACAGAAAGAAUGAAGAAAUGGGGUGGACAUGAGAUCAAUGGUGAUAAUCAGAGGAAGAUCAAUGGAGCUUGAAAACAGGGGAGAAAGGAAAUGAAAAGCUUUGAGGAUGAUGAGUUUAUUGGGUUUUAGGAGAAUGAUUCAUGUAAAGCAAUGAACUAGAGAGGACAUCCCCAAUUGAAACUUGGAAAACCCCAUAUUCUAGUUAGCAUUUUAGAGUUUUUCCUCCUUUUUGAGCAAGCCUAGUCCUAAUCUGUGGGCAGUUCUCCUGGUUCAUUGACUCUCUGAUUACUGUUGUAUUAUGAAAAAGUUAUUAUUGACAUGGCUGGCUAGGGCUGUUAGUUUGGUUUGGUUAACAAAUCACUAAGCAUGAAAAAUAAAAAAUAAAAAAUCAAAUCAGACAAAUUCUCAAAAAUCAAAAUCAAAAUUG